UGUGUGUGUGUGUGUGUGUGUCUGUGUCUGUGUGUGAAAGAGAGAGAGUGAGAGUGUGUGUGUGUGUGUGUCCUGCUGGGAUUUGCUCAGAGUCUGAUACACAUAAUAUUUUGUGAGUUUUAGUAGAUUUGUUUUGGUUCGGUCACUUCAGGUUGAGUUUGAAUUGUGUUUCUGUUUCAGCAGCUGAAUGUUUCUGAGUUUUGAAUGGACAAAAACAGAAGUUAAUUAUUGUAAUGGGGCUCAUGUGAGAGAGAGACAGAUCACAUUAACAAAUUCCACAGACAGACAGAAAGACAGCCAGUGGUGUUUGACACAAGAGACUGGGGUUAUCGUCAUGGUAAAGAAUGGAGCUUGAGCUAACGGUGAUCACAGUGAGGUAGAGAGAGAAGGACAGAUAGUGUCAGCACUGCAGUGAUUGGCAGACAGAUGGCAGACAGUUGGUAGAGUCAGUGCCAUGUGUCUGCGCUCUUCAUCUGCAGCUCAACACUGACAGCAGCAACGCUUCAGCACAGGAGACAAUGGAGGAAAAGACCAAAAAUGAUGAAACGGCACACACAGACAGCAGUGACGUCAAAGCUCCACCUGAACAGCAUCUGACGGCUUGUUUGAUCAGUGCAGCGUUUUUCGGCGCUCUUGGCUCGUCGUUUCUAUAUGGAUACAACCUGUCUGUGGUCAAUGCUCCGGCUACUUACAUCAAGAGCUUCUACAAUGAGACGUGGAUCAGUCGUUACAACGAGCCAAUAGGAGUUGAGACAGUCACCCUAUUGUGGUCCAUCACCGUGUCCAUCUUUGCCAUUGGUGGUCUGGUUGGGGCGCUCACAGUCUCUUUCCUCAUUAAAGUGUUGGGCAGGAAAGGAACUCUUCUGGCCAAUAAUGCUCUGGCACUGAUUGCUGCACUCCUAUUGGCUCUUGGAGAGAUGGCUGGAUCCUUUGAGAUGCUCAUUAUUGGUCGAUUCAUCAUCGGCAUGGAUUCAGGUGUCUCUCUGAGUGUGUUGCCGAUGUAUCUCGGUGAGAUUUCUCCUCGACAGGUUCGUGGUUCUGUCGGUCAGUUUCAUGCCAUCUUCAUCUGUCUGGGGGUUUUCAUUGGUCAGGUGCUCGGAUUGCCUGAGAUAUUUGGACAGGAAAGCCGAUGGAACUUCCUUUUCGGGUUCUUGGCGGUUCCUGCGCUGCUUCAGUUGUGUGUUCUGCCGUUUCUUCCUGAGAGUCCGAGAUUCCUGCUGAUGGAGCGGCGAGACAAGGUGCAAGCGGAGAGAGCGUUCCAGGCAUUUCUAGGUCGUACAGACGUGUCUCAUGAGAUGGAGGAAGUUCACGCAGAGAGUCGCAGUCAGAACACACAGCGGACAGCGUCCGUGCUGGAAUUGUUACGGAACAGAGCGGUUCGCUGGCAGCUCAUCACGGUGAUCGUGGUCAUGAGCUGCUACCAGCUCUGCGGACUCAACGCUAUCUGGUAUUACACUAAUGGGAUCUUUGAGGGAGCUGGAUUCACAAAGUCCCUCAUUCCAUACAUCACACUGUGCACGGGCGGCAUCGAGACACUGGCAGCCAUCAUAUCUGGUUUAGUGAUUGAGAAAGUCGGUCGGAGGCCAUUAUUAAUAUUUGGUUUCUCAGCAAUGGCUGUUUGCUUCAGUCUGCUGACUGUAUUCCUGCAUUUCCAGGAGCAGUACUCAUGGAUGCCGUAUCUCAGUUUUGUCUCCAUUCUGGCUCUGAUCGCCUCAUUCUGCUCUGGCCCAGGUGGCGUUCCAUUUGUUUUGACGGGUGAGCUGUUUGAACAGUCAUAUCGUCCGGCAGCGUUCAUGAUAGCCGGAACUGUCAACUGGGUCUCAAACUUCGCUGUGGGACUGCUGUUCCCCUUCAUACAGGAGGCGCUGCAGACGUUUGCCUUCCUGCUGUUCAUGGUGGUUUGUGUGGCGGGAGCCGUUUACCUGCUUGUCGUUCUGCCAGAAACCAAAAACAAAACAUUCAUGGAGAUCAGCCAGAGUUUCACUAAGAUGAAUGGCGUGUCCGAUCAGCCACGAGACCAAGACAUGCAUGAUGCGCUGGACUGCAGCAAACGGAAAGCGCCGGACGCACACAACAACGCCAGUGGACUCGACACGGCCGAUGUGGAGAUGGAGAGUUCAUUCUGAAGGGCUUCAAUUCACUGGAUUCUGUACAAACGUUCAAACCUUUCCUAUAAGAGGAUCAGAAUUGGCUGGUGUUUGCUGCUGGUUUGAGGCUGCUACAGAUGGUUGACCAUUUACAUUUACAUUUAGUCAUUUAGCAGACGCUUUUAUCCAAAGCAGCUUACAAAUGAGGAACAUAAGCACCAUGUUUUUUCACUGGUGAUGCUUGUUGCCCAAGUAAGUUUAAGCUAGUUAAGAAGUGCUGGUGUUUCAUUGUUCAGAUGAGUUUCAGCUCUGUUUUAUGACUGAAAUAAUCAGAAAACACAAAUGUUGUUUAAGAAACACACAUAUGUAAAAGCUAAGGUGUGCGUUCGACUGUAUAUUGUGUGUGUGUGUGUGUGUGUGUGUGUGUGUGUUGUGUAUGAAUCAGUCAUUGAGGAGGAUUUAAAAACAGAACAAUUGUUCAUCAAACAACAAAUUUGGAGAUUUUAAAUCUGCUUUUGUAAUAUGGUUUAUAAUUGAUUUUCAGAGUUUGUGAUGUCAUAAGGGCAUUAAUAGGACAGACAUCAUUAAAACAGAAAAGUGAUGAAAUGACCAAAAAAAAUUAUUUGUCUAAACCAAGUUUUUGCAACAUAUUUUACUAUUUUACUGUAAUAAGAAUUCAUUGAGAAAAAGUGGAGGGUGGAGCUUGAUUUAAUCCACCAGGAAUUGAUUGGAUGAUGUAAAGUGGGCGUGUCAUUGAGCUGAAUGUGAGUUUUUGCAGUGGAUUGUGUUGGACUGAAACACCGCCAUCUUUAGAGGAAACUGAAGUUCAUCCUCUUCAGCAUCAACACAUAUCACAAUGGUAAUGCUGGUUUUGGGUGAGACCAAAACAUAACUCCUUUAUCAUUGUACAUCCUGACAGCAGUCUCCUUGGUGAUUGACAUUUCAAGCUCGAUUACACUUCCUAUAGCGCCAUCUCUGCACAUGCGUCAAGCACUAGGAAGUGUAAUCAAGCUUCAAAUCAUGAUCAUGCCUAAAGACUGCAGUGGCAAGACGUACAGUGAAAAAGGAGUUAUUUUUUGGUCUGUUCUCACCCACACCUAUCAUAUCACUUCUGAAGACAUGGAUUAAACCACUGGAGUCUUAUGGAUUACUUUUAUGCUGCCUUUAUGUGCUUUUUGGAGCUUCAAAGUUCUGGUCACCAUUCACUUGCAUUGUAUGGACCUACAGAGCUGAAAUAUUCUUCUAAAAAUCUUCAUUUGUGUUCUGCAGAAGAAAGAAAGUCAUACACAUCUGGGAUGACAUGAGGGUGAGUAAAUGAUGACAGAAUUUUCAUUUUUCGGUAUAACUAUUCCUUUAAUUUUAGAGGUGGAAGUUACAGUGUUGCAUAAAUAUAUAAAGAAAUCAUAUACAGUAUAAAACAAACGUUGGCCAAUAAAUAAGCGUGUAUUUUGGGUUGUGCAGUUGUGUAUUUCCCUUUACUGAAAGUGUAAAAUGUAUUGGUUUGUUGUAUUUACAAAGCUGUGAAAACAUGGUGUGCUGCAGCCCCCGAGCACCCCCACUUCCUGCGCCCCUGUGUCUCUCUCACACACACCAAAAAACAAAUUAAUUUGUGUCAAAAUAGAGUUUGAUUGGACAAUGGACCUUUGACAUUAACAGCAAAAGAUAUGUGUUUUUAAAGUUAAUAACACUUUUUAUUGUACUAUUGUAAGUAUGCAUGAUUAUACAGUUAGAAGCAUUGUACUGUAUGCUUUCUGUGACUGUAGAAGCAUUGCUUUAUUACAUGAAUAUACCAGCAUUAAAUCACUGUG